AUGGAUGAUAGUCAUAGAAGAACAUUAGUACUACAAUAUCUAAGUGAAUGCUCAAAUGGACAUUUAGAGAAUGUAAAGACAAUGUUGUAUGGUCGACAUGUAAACAUUGAUGAUGUUGAUGAAAAGAAAAGAUCAGCUCUUCAUGUUAGUGUUUGUCGUAAUCAAAUACAGGUAGCUCAAUUCCUACUAGAAAACAAUAUCAAUACAACACUACAAGAUACAAAUUAUAAUACAGCUCUUCAUCUUGCUUCAAUCACUGGUAAUUCAGGAAUGGUUAAAUUAAUAUUACAUUUUGCUGCAAAAAAUAAUCAACCGAUAUUACAAAAAGAUAUUCAAGGUAAUACAGCUAUUGAUCUUGCAGGGUCGAGGAUGAGAAAUAUAUUAAGAAAUAAUUAUAAUUCUCAAGGAGGAGGAGGAAGAGACUUGAAACAAGAACUAUCAGAUAUUAUAUCAGGUAUAACUGAAUAUGUUUGGAAAUUUGGAAGUGAUAAUGAUCGAAAUAUAGUUCAACAAAUUAAUUUACUAGUAACCUCUUUAAUAAGCAACACCAACAAUAAUAUAAAUAAUAAUAAUAAUAAUAUCAAUGCUAAUACUCCUAGCAUUGACGAGCUUGAUGGAAUGAAUAAGCUUUUAAUCUUAUCGUUAGUUCUUUUGUUUGCAACCAUUGCUAAUGGUUACGUAUAUUCAGCAUCAACAUCAUCGAUUGAAUCAUCAGAUGCAGCAACCAACUCUUCAGGAUGUGCAUUGAUUACCAACUGUAGUUCAUGUACUGAAGACAAGGGAUGUGUAUGGUGCGACUCUUCAGCCAUCUGCUCUGACGGUACUUUCUAUGGUUCCAAGCCAAUGGACACUUGCAAGGAUUUCAUGUGGAUGCAAUGCAAGAUCCAAGGUAGAUAUGCUAUUUUGAUUGCUGCUGGUGGUGCUGCUGUCCUCCUCUUCCUUUUCAUCCUCACCAUCUGCUGUUGCUGCUGUUGCGGUAGCCGUAAGACCAAGGUCUACCACAUUCAAGACGAAGAGUCUCGUGGUCUCUUGAAUCACGAAUCUCGUACUCCAGUCACCGAUGCCAGAAGAGAACAAAUGCGUCUCAAGUAUGGAUCAAACAGACAACAACAAAACAAGUCAAACUCUUCAUGGAACUAA